CUGAACAAUAAACAAAUGAAAAUAUUCCUUUGGAAUGUUCCAGUACCCAGUGUGCUCAAACCCACCAAUGGGAGCAGAGGGGUUGCCAAGCAACACCUAGGCAACACCCAGUCCGAUCGCUAUAUCAAGAGGAGGCGAGGAGGUGAGAGGAUAACCUUGAAGCCACUUGAAGCUCCAGGAACUGUUUUAUCGAGCUACCAGCUCCAUCACUUCUUCUGUAUCACCAUGUCUAUAAGUUACAGUACUAAGGUCAGCCAACACAGGGUCGGCUCUAUGGCCAGUGCACCCAGGGCGAUUAGCGUCUAUGGGGGUGCAGGUGGAAGAGGCAGCCGUAUCUCCUCUUCUUCUGUCUACAACCUGUCCUCUGCCAUGGGGUCCGGUGGCGGCUAUGGUUCUGGAGCUGGCUUCGGUUCUGGAGCUGGCUAUGGUUCUGGAGCUGGCUUCGGUUCUGGAGCUGGCUAUGGUUCUGGAGCUGGCUUCGGUUCUGGAGCUGGCUUCGGUUCUGGAGGCGGCUUCGGUUCCGGUGGUGGCUACAACUUGUCCUACUCUGUGGGUGGCCAAGACAACAUGACCAACAUCAAUGAGAAGGCCACCAUGCAGAACCUCAACGACCGUCUGGCUACCUACCUGGAGAAGGUGCGCUCCCUGGAGACGGCCAAUUCCAAGCUGGAGCAGCAGAUCCGGCAGUUUUAUGAGAACAGCUCUCCCGUUACCCAGCGGGACUACAGCUCAUACUGGAAGAUCAUUGAGGACCUGAAGGAUAAGAUCAGAGCGGCCAGCAUUGACAAUGCCAGGAUUUUGCUGCAGAUUGAUAAUGCUAAACUGGCCGCUGACGACUUCGGAACCAAGUAUGAGCACGAGCUGAUGAUGAGGCAGUCCGUGGAGAACGAUAUUGCCAACCUGCGCCGUCUCCUGGACCAGACCACUCUCACCAAGGCCGACCUGGAGAUGCAGAUUGAAGGCCUGAACGAUGAGCUGGCUUACCUCAAGAAGAACCACCAGGAGGAGCUGCUGGCCUUGAGUUCACAGGUGGGCGGGUUGGUCAAUGUGGAGGUGGACGCUGCCCCACAGCAGGACAUGUCCAGAGUCCUGGACGAGAUGAGAGCGCAGUACGAGGGCAUCGCCGAUAAGAACCGCCGGGAUGUGGAGGCUUGGUACAAAGACAAGUUCGAUUCCCUGAACCAACAGGUGACCUCCAGCUCUCAAGCCAUAGAGACCCACAGGUCUGAAAUCAACGACCUCAGACGCACAGUCCAGGGACUGGAAAUCGAGCUGCAGUCAGUGCUCAGUAUGAAACAAGCCCUGGAGAACACGCUGGCAGAGACAGAGGCUCGCUACAGCAACAUGCUGCAGGGUUACCAGAACAACAUUAACAUGUUGGAGGGUGAGCUGAACCAGGUCAGACUGGACACAGAGCGCCAGGCCACGGACUACAAACUACUGCUGGACAUCAAGACCCGGCUGGAGAAGGAGAUCGCCACCUAUCGCCAACUGCUGGACGUUGAAGACAGCAGAAUUCCAACAGGCGGGAAAGAUCAAUUUAUAACCACUACCACCACCACAAGCACAAACCUUCCCCGUGUAAAGUAACUUACAGAAAAGGACGCCACUGCACAUCAAAGAUGCAGAAGAGAAACAAUUCUACCUACUCCUGCAAUACACUCUGGUUUAAAUCCGAUUUCAGGCUGAAUCCCUUCAGUCUCCACUAUCACUGCAUUGUUUGUAUAUAAAUGAGACGGUACAUGCUCACACACACACACAGUAAAAGUAUAGGGUUCCAACAUCUCUGACUGGUUAAGCUCAAAGUCAGCUCAUUAAUAAUGUAUUUGAAUUAGAAUGCAGCAUGUAAGUAUGGGCAAAGAUAUUAUAUAUAUCUUUGGUGUAGGUUAGGCUUAACCCCUCCCCUUACGUGCAUAACACAUGAGUACCUUUCCCUUUAAGACCAUUAAAAAAUGAUUUUUGUCUGCAUGUGCUGUCUGUGUAAUACACACCUUUUAACGAUUUUAUUUCCCACUGCCGUCUUGUUCUGUUAAGGCGCUUUAAAAAGAAUGUUUCUGAUAAUAAAUUUCUGGCGUUGAAAAAAAAAA